AUGGCCGGGAAGAUAUCAUCAUUAAUUAAGAUUUACAAUUCACUUUCAAAAAUGAAUUUUCACAUCCCUGCGAGGCCUGUGAUAAGUAGUGAAUUGGGACUGGUUGCAUUUAUAUCUGUCUUGCUUGCAAUUAUUUUGGCAUACUGUUGGCAUUUAUACAAAAAUGCAAAUACUACUAAACAAGAAUUAUAUGAUGGUCUACAGGUAGGAUAUAAAUUUUCUUACAUUGGCUAUUUUAUCAUGAUACUUAUUAUGGCUUGCUUAUUUUUACCAUUUUUGUUCAUUAUUCUUCAUACAUAUGACACAGCUGGUUGCAAUAGAAGGGAGCUUGCUCCUUAUUGGAAUAAUAGAGCUCUGGUAUUUAUAUCACUUUGGUUGGAGUGUUUCUUUAUAUGCUUCUUUUUAAGGUCAACAAGAUCAUUAUUUGAGCAAUUUUUUUUUGUUUAUUGUGAUUUAAAGGAUGCAGAUCUUGUUUCAAUUUGGCGAAAGAUAAACAAAGAAUCGGAUGUUACAUCUAAAAAGCAGACAAAAUUAAAAAGAGUUCUUUCUAUUUUUUUAGACCCUUUCAAUAAACUCUCAAGAAUUCUUAAUGACGAGAUAUCUGGAUAUAUCCUUUCAACUGUAACAGUUAUCAUUGAUUAUAAUUGUGAAAAUGAUACUUUUUCUAAGCCAUACUUUGAGCUAUUUUGCGUCAGAUACUGGUAUUCGGAGAAUCUCAAGAAGUUCACAUGUGUGGAGGAUCAAGAUUACUCCAAUGGUGAGGUUUCCAACCUCACUGCCUGCUUAGAAAAAGAUGUUUAUAGUAUUUCAAAUGUGUCAAAUUUGGGUCAAUUAAAACCUAAUUUAUCAGAUUUAAAUACAUUAGAGAGGCUGGAGAAUUCUGAAGUCGUACAGAGCGAAGUUAACGAGACUGAAACAAUCAGUCCCAUUAUGGGUUUGAGUAAGGAACUGGCUUAUGAACAGCGUCAGUCUCAUGGCAAAAACACAAUUAACAUUGAGACACCUCCAUUGGCUGAUUACCUUUUUUAUGAGAUAAUAAAUCCUAUCACUGUGUUCCAACUUUUAGUUUUAGCAUCGUACACAUUUCAGGGUUACCUGCUUUUUGCCGUAAAGUGGGUUCCAAUGAUGAUUAUUAGCAUUGUUGCAAAUAUAAGAAUUCACUUUAUUAACAUUGAAAAUGUUAAAAAGCUAACAAAAGUGGCAAGUGACCCUAAUGUUAAGGCUAUAAGGGAUGGUAAGCUAGUUAAUUUAGAUAUUUCAGAAUUAGUACCUGGAGAUAUUAUUCAUGUAUACGAAAAUUCUGCGGUACCAUGCGAUCUUUUACUUUUAACAGGUUCAGCCGUUGUUAAUGAGUCUAUGUUAACUGGGGAGUCCGCUGAGGUUUUGAAAAUGCCUAUUUCCGAAUGUGAAUCUGAAAAAAUAUCCCCCGAGAAUGGGCCGUAUUCAGCAAAAAGGUAUUUCUUGUAUGCAGGUACAUAUGUUACCGCUGUUUAUAAUAAUGUUGGUAAAGGGAUGGCUCUUGGGAGCUCUCUCGGAUCUGUGAAUAUUAAAACUUCAUCAACCAGAUCAACCGAUUCGAUAGUUAAUUUUACAUCUAGUACAGAAUUUUCAGAACUGGCCGGAAUUCAAAGUCUUGCAUUAGAUGAACCGUCUGUUACUACAGCAUUGGUUAUCCGAACCGGUGCUUGCACACUUAGAGGAAAGAUUAUUAGGUCAAUCUUAUAUCCCAGUAAAUAUAGCUUUGAUCUAUAUGAUCAGCUCCCAAUUACCUGGUUAUUUCUCAGUUUUAUUGUUGCUUUCAUGGUUUUCAAACAAGGCAGCUCAUUUAACUGGGGUCUUUUCACAUUUUUCUUCGCACUGGGAUCAAUAAACUCUACUUUUCCUCUUUACCUUGGAAUACUAAACACCUUGUCACAGAAUAUUUCAUCGAGAAGGCUUUUUAGUAAUUUAAAAGUUAAAGCUCUCAUUCCAUCUAGGAUAAUUCUUGCUGGAAAGCUUAGAAUUAUGUGUUUUGACAAAACAGGGACUCUUACUAAUGACCGUCUUGAUUUUGUUGGUAUGUCUCCCAUACAUAUUACAAAUGGUGAUUUAAACUACAUGUCUAUUUCUGAAUCAGAACAAGCAGACUUGAAUAAAAAGAAUUCUCCUGAGAUAAAAAUUCAAUUUUUGGCAAAACAAGGUAUUAAUUAUGUGUUAUCGGACAAAAUUUAUGCAAUAGACGAGAUACGGGAUAAGUUUAAAUUGGCAUUUUUGUCAAUUAGAAGUUGUACAUCGCUAAGCCACUCUCCAAAAAAUUUUGAGAUCCCCAAAGAUAUAGUUACCAAUCCGAGGAAUUAUUAUGAAAAGAUGAAUGGGAACGACACUGAUAAAGCACUUUUUUCGGUUACUAACAGCUUCUUUGAAAAAAGUGGAUCAAAUGAAAAAGUUUACAUUCAAUCCCUUUAUUUAGGAUAUGAAGAUGGUAAGCAGAAGCUGGAUAUUGCAAAUAGCUCGUUGGAGGUACUUAGAAUUUUUCCUUUUGAUUAUAAUAAAAGACUAAUGAGUGUUAUUGUACAUUGCAGGAGUAGUGAUGAGUAUUAUUUAUUUACAAAGGGUGCUCCCGAAUCUAUUCUGAAGAUUUGCAUUGGGUCAGCUGGAUUUGAAUUUAAGCAGAGACUUGAUGAACUUUCUUCGCAAGGUUACUAUAUUAUAAUGUCUUGUUAUAAGAAAAUAGAAAAAGAACUAAUCAAUUUGUAUCUAACAUUGAAUAGAAAUGAUAUAGAAACAGAAUUAUCUCCUCUCGGGCUUUUAAUUUUCGAGAAUCUUGUAAGAAAAGAGGCUCCCAGUGUUUUAAAACAAUUGGUGGAUUCAGAUGUUUUACCUAUUAUGGUUACUGGAGACUCUCCAUUAACAGGAUUGAAUGCUGCUUUGAAACUUGGUAUCAUUGAUGAGACCUAUGGGAAGAUUGCUGUGUCUGAGCUUUUAACGGAUGAAAUAGGCUCAGAAUUUGUACAGUGGAGAUGUAAGGAAUCAAAAGAAUUAAUUCCAGACAGAGAAAUUUAUACUCAGGACAGUAAGUUUGGAAACUUGGUCUUGACUGGUGACUGCUUUAAUGUAUUAUUAAGAGAACAUGAUUCCUCGGUUCCUUUCUUUGACCCUGCUGGUGAAACUGGAAAGACGAGAGACUUGGACAUUGAAGCUGCUAGUGGCUUACUUCAAGUGAGGACUAAGAUUGAUUGCAUAAUAAACCGCGUUGGCGUGUAUGCUAGGAUGUCUCCAAACAAUAAGGUCGAAGUAGUCAGUCUCUUUAUGAAAAGAGGGAUAAUAACCGGUAUGGUGGGUGAUGGUGGAAACGACUGCGGAGCUCUCAGAAUUUCCCAUGUUGGGCUUUCGUUUUCAAAGGGAGAUGCAUCCCUUGUUGCUCCUUUCAAUUCAUCUACCUCAAACUUAAACUCUGUAUUGGAAAUCAUUCGUGAAGGAAGAAGCAGUCUAGCUUCAGCUAUGUCAAUUUUACUAUAUCUAAUUUCUUAUGGUAUAAUGACGUCUAUGAGUGAUACUCUCUUGACGCAUUUUGCAUAUGCAGCAGUUCCUGACAUUUCCAGUUCUUUUGUUGCUUUCUUUGCUCAGACUCUUAUUCUUAUUGGCUUUUUAUUUAGUUCUCCUUCAAAAAGAUUGGCGGCAGCUAGACCUUCGGGAAGCAUUGCAAGUGUACGUUUUGUCCUGGCCCUUCUUACUCCGUUUGCUACUUACAUUAUUGGAUAUUAUAUAAUGUUUUACAGACUCAACUCAAAACCAUGGUUCCAACCUUCCAAAGAUUUUAACAUUCAUUUGCCUGCACAAAAUUGGUUUAUGCGUAUGGACAAUAUUGAGUCAGCCUGCUCUUGGAUCUAUACUGCAGUCCAGAUAAUUGCCACUGCAAUUUGUUAUACUAUGGGGUCCCAGUUCAGAAGCCCUUUUUUCAAGAACCCAUUUAUUUUAAUUCCCAUCAUAAUUAACGCAGUUGUGUUCUCUGUCCUCAUUUUUACCGGACCUAAUAGUUUUUCAUGCAUGUUUAGAGUUAACUGCGACUCAUUUAGUAUUCAGAAUACUGUUAUUCGUAUUUUUGGAGUCAAAAUUAUUAACCCCUCCUCCAGACCUUUCUCAGGACCCAAUGGCUCGAGUAUUAUGCCUUUUAGUUGGAGAAUAGAGUUUGUAAUAAUUUGCAUUCUUACCAUGUUUUCUACAAUUUCACUCUUUUCUGUAAUUACCAAACACAAAGAAGAGCGAAAAACAUCAAUUGAAAGACGAUUCUAA